AUGUCUGGUACUCGUAUCUACGUUGGUAAUUUACCAAUGGAUAUUCGUACACGUGAAGUGGAAGAUAUUUUUUAUAAAUAUGGACGCAUUCGUGAUAUUGAUGUUAAAUUUCCAUCACGUCCACCAGCUUUUGCUUUUGUUGAUUUUGAGGAUGUACGUGAUGCUGAAGACGCUAUUCGAGGUCGGGAUGGGUAUGAAUAUGAUGGUGCAAGGUUACGUGUUGAAUUUGCUAAUGGUGGACGUCGUGAAUCUGGUCGAGAAGCAUCAAGCCGUGGAUCGACUCGCUACCCACGUAAUAUUCGUGGAACGGGUGAUUUUACUGUUGAAGUAUCAAAUUUACCGCCUCGUGUAUCAUGGCAGGAUCUUAAGGAUUUUAUGCGGAAAGCUGGUGAUGUGGUAUUCACUGAAGUUGAUGGACGUGGUGGUGGUGUUGUUGAGUACAGCAAUAAGCGUGAUAUGAAAUAUGCAGUGGAGAAGUUGGAUGAUACGGAAUAUCGUGGCCGCAGUGAGAAUUCGUACGUGCGUGUGCGGAUGGUAGGCAGUCGUGGUCGGAGCAACAGUAGAAGUAAAAGCCCAAGCAGAUCGCGCAGUCGUAGCAACAUGCGACGCUCUGGUAAGAAACGUAGCCGCAGUCGUAGUGAGGACAAGGACGGAGGAGGAGAGAAAAAGACGAAACGCAGCCAAACGCCCGAAAAGGAGGCGGUAAAGGAGGAUGAAGCUGAAAAGGACGACGAAAAUGGUAAGGAAGCCGAAAUUACUGAGUCUACUUGUGCUAUUGACAAGGAGGAAGAGACUGAGCCAACAGAAGUGGAAGUGGAAAGGAAGGACGACGAGUCUACAAAGGACGACGGACCUACGAAGGACGACGAGUCUAUGAAAGACGGCAUGCUUAUGAAGGAUGACGAGCCGAAGAAGGAAGACGAACUUACGGCAGAAACGGCAGCGGACAAGGACGACCUGGGCUUGCCAUGGCGUGCGCUAGUUUUGGUUUUUAUCUUCAUUGUUCGAGUGGCUGGUGGCUUGGCUUUUCGCUCAAAUCCGCGAUUUCGGCUGGCAAUACUGGACACAGAUUGGCGUGUACAGCGGAGCGAAGGACAACGGUGCUUUGGUGUGGAUGGCGUGAAGAUGAAGAACGUGGGCAACAGUUCGUCAGACAUAGUCAAGAGUGGGAAGACGUCGUCUUGUUAG